UUUUUCUUUUGCUAUUUUCUCUUGCAUUCCUGUUUCCUAUUGAUCUCACCUUUCGAGUUUUACAAUGUCGAAUUUCUUCGAGCUAUAUGGUUAUUUUAUUCUAUUUUAACUUUUAUGAGGUUUUGCCGUGCCUUUGAAGGAUCCGGUUGUGCAAUAUGCUUUAAUGGGAAACCGAUUCUGUAGAGGGAAUUUCGCGUUUUUUCUUUUCUCAGCUUGUUUGUUCUUCCUUCUUUGUUCAGUUUCACUUAUUUUACUUGAUUAUGAACUGAUAUAAGUGGUUGGGUGGGGGUUGCUGGAUGGUUUCUCUUUGACUUCCCAAGGUUUAUACAAAUAAUUGCUAAUUAGGACUUCUUGCUAAGUGAUUUUGGAACUGGAGGUUCUCCAGAGGUAUAUUUAUCAUAAAAAGAUUGGUUUUGCUUUCUCAGACAUCAGGAAGUGAUUACAUUGCCCUGGAAAUUAUGAAAUUUUAAGACUAGAGCUACAAAUGCUGAUACAAUACUCACUACUUCCGGCGAAGCCUAUCUUGACUGUUCUAGUAGGCUGGGAGAAGGAAGGAAAGGAUUUCACCUUGCAAUAUUGACUUAAGCCAACGUCCAUUUGUAAAUCCAUUAAACUGAGAGAGCUCACGUAAUGAUAUAUAAUCAUCUGAAAUGGAAAGGAUUCCCGAGUCAAAGGCACUUCCUGGGCAACUGCCUGUAGCAAGUCAGGUGACAAAUGUACGUGCAAAUCUGGUACGAGAGGAAGAGGGUCCAUCCAGCGCAAGAGGAUCUCGCAGUUCAGACUCACCUGCUUUGGUAAAAGCAUGGAAAGGAAAAAGCUCUUCCCAGGAAGCGGCGGACCUUAUGCCCGACGUUGUAUCACUUAAGGGAAGUGGAGAUUCCUAUGAAGAAGUUGGCUCUACUUCCUUCUCUGGGGCUAGUCAUCCCCCCGAACCUGUUGAUACAGAUCUUAUGAGAACGGUCUAUGUGCCAAUAGGGCAGAACAAAUCUGAACCUGGGUGCUUGGUGAAAAGCUUGUCUAUGAAGGGUCCUUUUAUAGAGGAUCUUUCAAUCCGGGUUCCUAUGAAGCCAACUACAACUGUUCUUUCAGCUGCAGAAAGCCUGGUUGAAGAACCAAAUGACCUGGGUGCAUCAUCAUCAUCUCCAUUUUCAGUUGCCCGUGCAUCACAAACUACAGAAACCACACAUCUACCACCUGAGUCUGAUGAGAAGGAAUGUGUUUGGGAUGCAUCUUUGCCUCCUAGUGGUAAUGUAAGUCCACAUAGUAGUAUUGACAGUACAGGUGUUGUCACUGCUAUGAGCAUUGUCAAUAGCUGCACCAGUACAUACAGGAGUGAUGGGAUUACUAGUGAUGGUAUGCUUAGUGUAGAAAGAAACUGUGAAAGUGCAAAGGGGAGUGUUAGAGGAGACUCACUUGAGAGUGCAAAAACUAGUGUUAGCAGAGCAAGUGAUAGCAGUGGUCUUAGUGAUGACAGUAAUUGGAGUAACAUUACCGGGAGUGCUAAUAAGCCUCACAAAGGAAAUGAUCCUAGAUGGAAAGCUAUUCUUGCUGUCCGGGCACGGGAUGGGAUUUUGGGUAUGAGCCAUUUUAGGUUGCUCAAAAGACUUGGUUGUGGAGAUAUUGGCAUGGUUUAUCUCUCAGAGUUGAGUGGGACAAGGUGUUACUUUGCAAUGAAAGUAAUGGACAAGGCAUCUCUUGCAAGCAGGAAGAAGUUGACCAGGGCUCAGACAGAAAGAGAAAUUCUUCAGCUCCUUGACCAUCCAUUUCUACCUACUUUGUACACACACUUUGAGACAGACAGGUUCUCAUGUUUGGUCAUGGAAUACUGUCCUGGAGGUGAUUUGCACACUCUAAGGCAGCGACAACCUGGGAAACACUUCUCCGAGUAUGCUGCACGGUUUUAUGCUGCAGAAGUGUUGUUGGCCCUUGAGUAUCUCCACAUGCUUGGAGUUGUCUACAGGGACUUGAAACCAGAAAAUGUUCUUGUCCGUGAUGAUGGCCACAUAAUGCUCUCAGAUUUUGACCUCUCUUUAAGGUGUGCAGUUUCACCUACCCUGAUAAAGACAUCCUCAUUUGAUUCUGAUCCUUCCAAAAGGACAACUGGGAGUGCAUUCUGUGUCCAGCCUGCCUGUAUUGAACCAGCUUCUGUAUGCAUCCAGCCUGCAUGCUUUAUCCCGCGGAUCUUUCCUCAGAAGAACAAGAAAAAAACCCGAAAACCUCGGGCAGAGCCUGGGCAGCCUGCGAGCACCCUUCCUGAACUUGUAGCUGAACCAACAGCAGCACGGUCCAUGUCCUUUGUUGGAACCCACGAAUACCUGGCUCCAGAAAUAAUCAAGGGAGAAGGCCAUGGCAGUGCAGUGGAUUGGUGGACAUUUGGUAUCUUCUUGCAUGAACUCCUAUAUGGAAAGACCCCAUUCAAAGGAUCAGGCAACCGCGCAACACUUUUCAAUGUGGUUGGACAGCAGCUGAGAUUCCCAGACUCACCGGCAACAAGUUACUCGAGUAGGGAUCUUAUCCGGGGCUUACUGGUGAAGGAACCCCAGCAUCGACUUGGGGUGAAGAGGGGAGCAACUGAGAUCAAGCAGCACCCCUUCUUUGAAGGUGUAAAUUGGGCACUAAUACGGUGUAGUACACCACCUGAGGUGCCAAGACCAGUGGAGACCGAGUUACCAGGGAAGUUUGGGGUAGUUGAUACAGUUGGGGUGGGAAGCAACAGUAAGAGAAUGGUAGGGGCAGACAUGAAGUCCGGAGGCAAGUAUUUGGACUUUGAGUUCUUCUAGUUUGGAUUACAGGAUUCUAUAUCUGUUGUAUUACUGUGCCUGGUUAAUCAUCCUAUGAGAACUUGCUUAAUGCAUUUGUGCUCAAGGCCUCCUAGUUUACACUGGAAUUAUAAUUCAUAAGCACGCAUUUUUAGUUCUAGGUAUACACCUGGAAAAGCUUCUAAUCAAUCAUUUGUUAUCAUUUAUUCGACCUCACUUAUGGAGAUAUCUUACAAGGGUCUGAAGAACAUGUUAAGAAUGCAAUGUCAUGGCCUUUUCUUUGAUGAUUCCCAGUUGCUCAUGUACCAGUUGGGCAAUAGCCUGCAAAACUGCUUGAAUUUCUAUGAUGACAUCCUAUACAUAAAGUUGGUA